AACAAUAAAUACAACAUGACAGCCGAACACAACUUGAGCCGAAAUUAUCAUCCCCGAAUAAAUAAUGUGACAGUGACUCACAGAACCGUGGCAGAGUGUGACGUGCCGAGCCUUACCUUGCUUGCCUGCCACCUUUCCCUUCACAUCAGCUCCAACAUGCCGCUGGAAUGGCUCUUUGGCCGCAAGAUGACGCCCGAGGAGAUGCUGCGGAAGAACCAGCGUGCCCUCAACAAGGCCAUGCGUGACCUUGACCGGGAGCGCAGCAAGAUGGAGCAGCAGGAGAAGAAGAUCAUUGCUGAUAUCAAGAAAAUGGCCAAGAUGGGACAGAUGGAUGCUGUGAAGGUGAUGGCCAAGGACCUGGUGCGGACGCGACGGUACACUAAGAAGUUCAUUAUGAUGCGUGCCCAGAUUCAGGCAGUGUCCCUCAAGAUCACCACUCUCAAGAGCCAGAACGCCAUGGCUCAGGCAAUGAAGGGUGUCACACGGGCCAUGAUGAACAUGAACAAGCAGCUGAAGCUCCCCCAGAUCCAGCAGAUCAUGCAGGAGUUUGAGAAGCAGUCUGAAAUAAUGGACAUGAAGGAGGAGAUGAUGAACGAUGUGAUAGACGACGCCAUGGGUGAUGAGGACGAUGAGGAGGAGAGUGAUGCCAUAGUGUCUCAGGUGCUGGAUGAGCUGGGCCUGCAGAUGACAGAAGGCUUGAGUGACCUGCCGUCAGCUGCUGGCACGCUGGGCACCACCACCAAUGCUGCCAAGACUCCCGUAGCAGUGGCCGAUGCUGCAGAUGAUGACAUUCAAGCGCGUCUAGACAACCUGAGGAGAGAGUGAAACACAAAGCCUCUCUUCCAGGGUACAUUGAGUGUUCUGUUGUAUUCAUUGUGAUUGCCAUUCUGCCCAGCUGUCCAGAUGCUACAAGGCUAACCAAACAUCACUCUUCUUGCAUCAUGACUCACAUUUCUCUCUUCUUAUGUUGCUCUCUCAUGUUGUACUUUUCUUGAUGAAAAUAUCCCACUGGAUUAGUCUGCAUCAUUAUUGUUACUUAUGCAUUUUUAAUUCUGAUGGAUAAAGAAGAGAGAAGAAAACCACAAAUAUGAAAUUGAUGGAAAGCACACAUAAGAUAAUAUGUCAUGUCUCACUUCAUGAUUAUGGUAAAAUAUUUGUAAUGACUUUUUUUAUAAAGCUGAAUGAUGCGCUGAAUACUGUGUAUAACAUAGUAGCAAAGAGAGUAUUUCUUUCAGGUUUGGGUGUUGAAGGUUUUGAACUUGAGUGCAUUUUUUUUUAUGAAAUUUAAGAUGGCUACACUUGAGAUGUGUGCUUAUGAAAAGUUCAUCUAAUACAGAUUUUGAGAUGGAAGGUUUUUCACUAAGACUUAAACAUAAACUUAAAAAUGGAGAGGAAAAUAUGAAUUAGAAUAUUAGAUAUUCAUCCUUCUGCUCUCACCAGAAGAAUCUGUUAUGUUAGACAGUUUUGUUGCUCUUUGCAUUUGAUUUUACAAGUAGCAUGUAGAUGAGAGGGUGGAGUGGAGCCUUGGCCAUUUCAGGGCUGAAGCACUCAUAGUUCAUGUUGGUUUCAUGCUUCACUGAACAAACACACAUUCACUUGCAGAUUCACCUUUCACUUGCAGUCCAAAAAUAUUCUGUAGUUAAGAAUGUUCAAGAAGUCUGGCAUAAAGAUUUGUAAUGUACUAUGUAGGUCAAAACUAAACUGGCUGGGCAUCCGUUGAGGGCAUCCAUUUUUUGUUGCGUGAGAGGGAAGUCUGUGAGGUGCUGCUGUGUUCCACCAGGAUGCUCUACAAGUCUGCAUCCACAGCAGACAAGUGUUCUGGGUCCAAGGAUGACAGCAGAAUUUUUGGUCAGAGAGUAAAAUAUGAUAUCUAUAAUACCACAGGUGUGCAGUUUUAUGAUAUACUGAAAUGCACAUACCAUAAAUAGGCGUAGACUAGAAAAUUCUGAGCCGAGUGGAAAAUGGCCCUUAACUCCCAGAUGCUUAUGUCUUGGUCAGUAGAAGUGCAAUCACAAAGGCAACCUCAGAGAUAUGAAAGUUGUAUAAUACUUUUGUAUUGCAAAAAGAAAAGAAAAAUUGUUUUUGUAGAGUAGUGAGUGCUACAAGUGAACAGUUCAGAUAUUGCAGUUUGCUAAUUACAAGAAUACUAUAAAACAGUAUAUACAAACAAAUACAUAUAAUGUUAUGUAGCUGUUAAAUUCAAAGAAAGUAAUAUUAUCAAACUCACUUGAUUGUAGUAUGUGAUUAAUUUUAAUGUUGUAGUUACUUUGUGCUAAUUUUUAUAUAUGUGAUAGUGUGUGUGUGUGUGUGUGUGUGUGUGUGUGUGUGUGUGUGUGUGUGUGUGUGUGUGUGUAAUAAAAUUUGAUGGGGAGAUAUGGAAGGUCACAUCAUUCAUCAGUGAUUUUUUAUUACAUGAAGCAUAUUAUAUCUAAAAAUUACAUACGAGUACAUGCAUGGUUGUUUUACUUUCACUUGAUAGUUAUUCUUUUCAUGGAAACCUGAAGUUGUAUAAAGGGAGAGCCAGCAUUCUUGCAGAGCGGUGAUGACAGUAUAUAUGUACAGAGGCUAGAGGCUAGAGGUCAGUGUCACCUCACCUCACUGCCAGCAAUAUUGUCUAUUGGUUUUAUGGAGGGUUACGUAACAAUGGUAGUUUUCGGUGUUGCCAUGAUUGUGCCUUUAUUUAAGAAACUUGCCUGCUGGUGCUUUAAGGCAUAGAAGAUUGCAUUUCCUGAUGCAAAUAGUUUCACAUAAUCUUGUGUAUUUCUCCAGUAUGAAAAUGAUCUCUAAAUGUACUGUGAACACUUAAUUUGAUUCCUGGUUUGGUAUUUCCUCAAGCAGAGCUAACAUGUCAGGAGGUGUAAAUAGCUUUUUUUUUUUUUUUUUUUUUCUUUUUACUUUGAGGUGAUGAUUAUUAAUGAAGUCAAUAAUAGGAUCAUAAGAUAGCCGAGGCAUUUGAGUGUCCAUGUGUUGUAGAUAGAAUUGGGUGGCCGCAUGUUUAGUAGCCUUGCUCUUCAUCAUAGACUAGAGAAGCAAAGGGACUUAGCAGCCGUGGGAAGGAACCCGUCUGCUGUGUGAUGGUGUGGUGUUGAGGUGGUGUGCAUUAGUGAAGCACCAAGAUGUCUUGUUUGAGGUACUUACAUGAUAGGCUACACACUUGUAGAGUCAGUACAAUAAAAAAAACAUGAUUUCUGUACAUUCUGUUGGUAAUUAAAAUUAAUAUAUCAUUUGAACUUUAUGAAUAAAAGUUAAUCAAA